ACAAGUGUUCUUCUAUUUGUAGUGCUGAGUAAAUAUUGUCAUGACAAGUGAAAAAGCUGCCAACCCACUGGAACCAUUCCUCCUCCUGUUGAAAGAUGCUAAGCAUGCUGGUGCUGCCAGUAUAAUUAACCAGGCACUGAGCUCCCCGAAUGUGUACGUCUUUGGGGAGCUUUUACAGUUGCCAAAUGUUCAAGAACUAGCCACUGGGCCUCAUGCAUCUGUGUUUCAACUCCUCAAUGUCUUUGCCUAUGGAACUUAUAAAGACUACAAAGCAAGUACUGCACAGUUACCUGAUCUUUCACCAGCACAGUUGACUAAAUUACGACACUUAACAGUAGUUUCGCUUGCAACUAGAAGUAAAUGUAUUCCAUAUUCUGUUUUACUAGAAGAAUUAGCAAUGGAAAAUGUGAGGAAUCUUGAGGAUCUCAUAAUUGAGGUGAUAUAUGCAGAUAUAAUUCAUGGCAAGCUGGAUCAGAAGAAACAGCAGCUAGAAGUAGAUUACGCUCUAGGUCGAGAUAUUCAUGAUAAUGUACUGACAGAAGUGCUUCAGGUUCUGCAACAAUGGUGCAAUGGAUGUGAAGGUGUCCUAAGAAGUAUAGAAGAACAGAUUAACAAAGCUAACACCUUCAAAGAAAAACAGAAUCAGCAGAGGAUAUCACUGGAAGAUGAGGUGAUCAACAUUAAAAAGACAAUAAAAACCAGCCAACAGCAGGACCUGGAUGAGGCCAUGGUCACAGACAGCAGAAGUGACAUUUCCAUUGACAAGGGGGUCAAGAAAGCUGUCAAAACUAAAGGGUGAGCAGACGUGUUCAUCAUCAAGUUUUCUUAGGACUAGGUCAUUGUUGAGGGGAAGUAACCCAGGAAAGUUAUGGAAGUGAUCAGCUGAGAUAUUGUUUUAGUGUAUGUGGCUGCGAACCUGAUCUUGUAAAUAUUUAUUCAGAUAUUGAAAACGUUUGCAAUUUUUGACUUGACUCUGUUUCAAAAGUAAAAAAAAAGUGUUUGAUUAUACUAAGCUACCCAAUCCAUUGGAUGUAUGCUACAAAUGUGUCCACAUCCCAAAGUUCACUGGAUACAACACAUUUUUUAAUAAACAACUGUUUUAAUAUUCUA